CAUUGGGAUAAUAAGGGACAAUGUAGCACCACAGGCCUGGAAGCGGCUGGGAGCUCUGUCGUGGGGUUAGCAGCACUGGGAGAAGAGGGGGCUGGGAGCGGCAGGCCUUGGGAGCAUGGGGGCACAGGGGGAGCACUGGGGUGGCACGGGGAGGGGACAGUGACGCCCCCACCCUUCCAGCACGACGUGGAGCUGACAGACCCGCGUGGCCGGACGCCCCUGGAGCUGGCCGUGUCCCUGGGCCACCUGGAGUCGGUGCGGGUGCUGCUGCGGCACAACGCCAACGUGGGCCGGGAGAACGCCAACGGAUGGACGGUGCUGCAGGAGGCGGUGAGCACGGGGGACCCCGAGAUGGUGCAGCUGGUGCUCCAGUACCGUGACUACCAGCGAGCGACGCGGCGCCUUGCCGGCAUCCCCGAGCUGCUCAGCAAACUGCGGCGGGCGUCCGAUUUCUACGUGGAGAUGAAGUGGGAGUUCACGAGCUGGGUGCCCCUGGUGUCCAAGGUGUGUCCCAGUGACGUGUACCGCGUGUGGAAGCGCGGGGAGAGCCUGCGGGUGGACACCACCCUGCUGGGCUUCGAGCACAUGACGUGGCAGCGCGGUCGCCGCAGCUACAUCUUCAAGGGGGAAGACGAGGGGGCCGUGGUGAUGGAGGUGGACCACGACAAGCAGGUGGUGUACACGGAGACGCUGGCGCUGGCCCUGCACGAGCCCGAGCUGCUGCUGGCGGCCAUGCAGCCCACCGAGGAGCACGUGGCCGGCCGGCUCACCUCGCCCAUCGUCUCCACGCACCUGGACACCCGGAACAUCGCCUUCGAGAGGAACAAGUCUGGGAUCUGGGGCUGGCGAUCAGAGAAGAUGGAGGUGGUCAGUGGCUAUGAGGCCAAGGUGUACAGUGCCAGCAACGUGGAGCUGGUCACCAAGACUAGGACGGAGCAUCUCUCUGACCAGGACAAGUCCCGCAGCAAAGGCUCCAAGACCCCCUUCCACUCCUUCCUGGGCAUCGCGCAGCAGCACGGCACCCACAACGGGGCACCUGUCCUGCAGGCUGCCAGCCCCACCAACCCCACGGCCAUCACCCCUGAGGAGUACUUCGACCCCCACUUCGACCUGGAGACCCGCAACAUCGGGCGCCCCAUCGAGAUGUCCAGCAAGGUGCAGAGGUUCAAGGCGACGCUGUGGCUGUGCGAGCAGCACCCGCUGUCGCUGGCGGAGCAGGUGACGCCCAUCAUCGACCUCAUGGCCAUCUCCAACGCCCACUUCGCCAAACUGCGUGACUUCAUCACCCUCAAGCUGCCCCCUGGCUUCCCCGUCAAGAUCGAGAUCCCCCUGUUCCACGUGCUCAACGCCCGCAUCACCUUCAGCAACCUGUGCGGGUGUGACCAGCCCCUGGGCUCCGUGCGGAUCUGUGCCCCUCAGGAGCCCUCCGGCGCCCACCCCCCUGGCACCCAGCCCCCGGGGCCCAGAGCGUGGCCGUUCCCGUGCGAGGUGGAGGCGGGCGUGUUCGAGGUGCCGGCGGGGUACACGGUGCUGGGCGCGGGGCGCAGCGAGCCCCUGCGCGACGAGGACGACGACCUGCUGCAGUUCGCCAUCCAGCAGAGCCUGCUGGACGCCGGCACCGAGACCGACCAGGUGACCAUCUGGGAGGCGCUGACCAACACCCGCCCCGGCGCGGAGCCGCCUCCCUACGAUGAGGACCUGCAGCUGGAAAGGGAGCGGGAGCGGCGGCGGCGGGAGGAGGACGAGGAGCUCCAGCGCAUCCUUCGCCUCUCCCUCACCGAGAAGUAGCGCCCCGGGGCGCUCCACGCCGGCACAGGGACGUCCCGCUCGGGGACGGGGGUGUCCCAUGUGGGGUCACCCCACGCACGGGCGCAGAUGUCCCGCGUGGGGACACCCCUUGCAGGGAGAGGGACACCCCACCCAGGGGACGCCCCGGUGUGGGCACUGUCCCACAGCAGGGUGCCGCAGUGCGGGCACAGCCCUGCCUGGGGUGCAGCUGGUGCCCGGAUGGCCCCCCCAUGAUGGGGACCCCCCUGAUGUGGGCACAGCCCCCGCACAGGGGAUCUGAUCCAGGGAUCCUCCUACCCCCGGGACCCCCAGUCCAGGGCUCUUCUCCCACCAGGCUCAAACCUCAGCCCAGGGACCCUCACCUGGGGACCCCCCCUCCAGGGAUACCCCUGUGCCCAGGACCCCUCCCUAGGGACCCCCCUUUCCUCUUUGGUGUUGUACUGUGACCCCGCGGGGGGCAGGACGGACCUGGGGGUCCCCGUGGGAUGCAGGUGACUCCUAUUUUACGGCGCUGAGGUGUGGGGGGGACUUCUGGAGGACCCCCAGGCCUCAUCCUUUGAGGCAGUGGGGGGGGCAGGGGAGCCCCGAAUG